AUGGCCAGCGGCCAAAUGAAGCGAACUGGCUGUGUAUGUAUGGCUUCUCGCAAAGCUCCGGCGUACCUCGGAGCAGGUUGCUGCCAAUGUGAGCCGCGCAUGGCCGCCCGAAGCCCAGCGAGCGCGAGCCGAGACCGCUUGCCCUUGCAACGGGAUCUGGCGCGCUUGCAGGGCUACCUGGCGGCCCUGAGCCGGGACCAGCGCCGCGCGGUGGCCGAGAUGCUCUCGGAGGAGCUGAAAGCGGCGCUCAUCCGCCAGGGCGAGGCGACUCGCUGGAGGGAAGCGACGACGGCGACGAAAGGCGUUGCCAAGAUCGCAGGCCUCCAGACCCUGCCCGGGCUUCAACCCCCCAAGCCUUGCCGGCCGACAGCCGCCGAUCCGAAGCCGGGCCGUGCGCGGGCUCGGAACGGAGCGGUGUCCGCCAUCCGCGUUGGCCGGCACAUGGGCUACAUGGCCCGCAUCACCCUCUGCGGCAUUUCGGUGAACUCCAGGUGCAACCGGACCUUCCAGCGCGCCGAGCGCUUGAGGCAGUUGCUCGCCGAGUUGCGCGGCACUCUGGAGGCCACGCCCGAGUUCGACCAGAUCUUGCGCGCCGCGUUCUCGCCCGGCAAAACGGGCCGGACCACUCUUCCGGUUCCGCCUGUCCUACAACUGCAGGCCAUGCGCGAGGACUGGAAAUUUCAAGUGAGGGUGGAUGCCCGCACCUGGGCGGGGCGCAUGCUCACCUCUCGAAGCCUCAGCUCCAUCGAUGAGGCGCUGCGGCUCCGACACGAGGCGCAGUGCGCACGGGAGCGCGGGUGGCCGGCUCUGCGGGCCCUUUGGGGCAGGUGCAGAUCCAUCGAAGGAUCCAGCGCUUGGUGGUGCGCCUGGGGCCCCGGUUUUGGAGCGCUUGCUGGCGAGUUUUCCUUGAGCGAGCUCGCUGGCCACGGCGAGAUGCAAGCGUCCUUCGUCAUGCAAAACCGUCGCUGCUCGAUUGCAGGGCCUGCGCAUCACCGGGUUUGUUGUGAGCACAUGAUGCAGGAGAAGUUAGACCAUGGAAGUGUACAAGGCUAUCCGAGCUAUGACGAGGCCACUCAGCUGCUGCAGCAGUUCCUGGCCGAAUCUCCGCAGCUCAGGCAGCUGCAGAUCGGCAACAGCUACGAGAAGCGGCCCAUCUACGCGUACAUUCUGGGAGCAAGGCAGAAUCAGGUGCCGCAAGUGCUCUUGACGUCCUUGACCCAUGCGCGGGAGCCGGCUGGCUUAACGGUGUUGCUCUACUUCCUUGGGCACUUGUUGGAGAAGUCCCGGCAGGGUGAUGCUGAUGCCCGAUACGUCAUCGAGAACCGGGAGAUUUGGUUCGUGCCCUUUGUGAAUCCUGACAGCUACAUCGCGAAUCAGGGUCUCAGAGACAAGGUCAUCCGCAAGAACCGGCGACCGACCUGCACGUCAUCCAUCAAUGGAGGGGUUGACAUCAACAGGAACUUUGACCUCCACUGGUCAAAUGGAUUCCCUGGCUGCGAUGAAGAACACGGUGGCACGAAGCCCUUCUCGGAGCCAGAGACACAGGCGCUCAAGAAGAUCUGCGAGGAGAACAGCUUCAAGACCGCCAUGAACUUUCACGCCUACGGCAGCAUGUUGACACAUCCGUACAACUGGGCUCGCACUGAGCUCAUGCCAGAGGGCGACCGACGGGUGUACCGCGAGAUUGCCGACGUCUUCGGCUACCAGAAGUUCGGCCCGGCCAUCAAAACGGUUGGCUACACCGCCACUGGGGAGUCGGAUGACUGGAUGUAUGGCGCCAGGCACAUCAUUUCCAUGUCUCCGGAGGUGGGCCCUGAGAGCGGCGGCUUCUGGCCGCCCUCCCGGGAAAUCGAGGGCAUCGACCGCCGGAACUUCGGACGGACCCUGUACGUCGUUCUGAAGGCUGGCCUGGAGUUGAAGGUGCAGUACGCAUAUCAGAACCUUCAAGCGGCCCUGCUGGGACGAGUGCCAGCAGGCUUGGAUGCUUUGGCGGGCGGUCCACCAGAGCAGGCAUUGCGGCUGAGGAUCUCGAACCUGGGCCUGUCAACGAGUGCCGGCAAGGUGCUUGGUGUGGCAGUGCUCGGGGCCGUCAGUGGAACAGGCAAUGCGGGCCUCCUCCUCAGCGAGGACAAAGAGAUGGCCCUGGGCGUCGACGAUGGGAUCGCCUUCUUUAAGGUGGAUCCUGUCUCGGCACGGAGUUCUCGAACGGUGCAGAUUCUUCCAGCGAGGUCCUCGGAGCCGGGUGCGCGGAGGCUACAGACCUGUGUGGUGGAGGUUGAGGACGUGCAAGAGACCGCCGGGGUGUAUUGCCACUGCACUACGUUGGUGGACUUCAAUGGAGCCACGCAGAAGGAGUCCGGGCGCGAGAGCUUUGUGGCACCCAACUCCGGAAGCGCUUCCAAGCUCUGCGAUGCAGCUGUUGCGGGUGCAGGUAAGACCGCGGCUCCCGUGCCGGCAGCGCCUGCAACUCCGGCAGCGCCUGCAACUGCAGCUCCAGUGCUGAUCCCGGUCACUGCGGCACCCAGGACUGCGACCCUUGCACCGCAGUCAGCUUCGAUGCAGCCUCAAGCUCUUUUCACCUCGCCUCCAAAGGGUGGCGCGGCGCCGGAGCUGGAUACUCCAGCCCAUGCAGGCAAGGAAAGCGAGGCUGUGGCGGCGACCUGGGUGCUCCUCGCGCUCACGGCCACCUUCCUGGGCAUGUGCCUCUGUCUCAUGAUGCAGAGCUACGUGGUUCCCCGAGCCGUGGCAAAGCGAGCGCCUUCCGUGGCGGACUACGAGCGGGUGCCCGGCCUGCAGGCAGGGCCUGGACAGGUUUUCCCGGUCAACCCCCGGAUCAACAAAGCCCGGUGUUCCCUGCGCAUCUUCUUGGCCGAGCUCCCCACAUUCGCCGCAAAGUGGGCGGCCAGCGCGGCCGCUUUCCCGGCCGAAGCUGCGGCCAGUUUAGCUGGAGAUGAGGAUCUGGAGACGGGCUUUGACGUCUUCAGCUUGCUGCCCUUGGCGCUGGUCUUCGGCUUCAUCGCCGCGGGCCUGUCCUGGGUGGCCAAGCUGAAGCCUAAGGAGACCGAGGACGGGUUGCCCCGGUCCACGUCCCUCUACCGCGUCUUCCAGGCCAAGCUUCGGGCGGGGCAGUUUGCGGAGGGCGCGCCGGCGCCCGAACCGGAGAUCGGCGAGAAGGAUGAGAAGCUAGAUGCGUUCGUCGACGCCUACGUGGAUGCGCUGGAAGAGGACGUCGAAAAGACGGGCGGCCCGGAGAACAAGCAGAAGACACCGGAGAAGCACACCUUCCUGCAGUUUUCGGCGGCGGAGUCCAUCGACGACCCGCGCGAAGCAGAGAUCCGAGCAUCAUCUUGCCCACCAAGAAUCAGGCACCCGGAGAUCCGAUCCAAGGACCUGCAGAAGGAGUGUGACUUGGAAGAGCAGAGCACCACAGCAGACUCGGAGUCCAUCAGCCUGUCACUCCAAUCGACCCCCGUGAAUCUCGGGACCAGCGGGCUGUCACUCCAACCGACCCCGCUGACUGGGAGCCUUGACUCCCCAAACCGACCGCAGAAGGGCAAGCCGAUGGACAGCCAGAAGCGGAUCAAUGGGGCGCUGCUUGAUUCCUCCAGAUCCGAGAACGGGUUCCAGGUCUUGGGGGUGGUGAGUGAGAACCUGCACAACAUGAACGGGGUGAACCUGGCCACAGCCUUCCACCGGAUCGCCCGAUCUCAGAUCAGCAAGCAGUUGGUUCAGACCCACGUCUUCCAAGCGAUGCUCCAAGCCGCGGAGCAAAAGGCGGAGCAAGGGCCUCAUGGCGCAGAAGGCUCCUUACCAGCGAAUUGCUGCACCAUCAUCGCCUGGUCUCUCGCUUCUUUGGGCGUCUUCCAGGCGCCUUUGUUCCGGCUGCUGUCCAGGGCUGCCAUGCCGCACCUGGAGCGCUGCCAGCCCUAUGAGGUGACCAACCUGCUGUGGGCCUUCGCGCAGCUCCAGAAGCUGCGCCCGGACCUGGGGGUGGUGCUCGCCACGGAGCUGCAGGAGCUCGCGGGGGCGGUGGCGCAGCGCUUCCAGGUGCUCACGGACGUCAAGGCGCAAGUGCUGGUGUCAGCCCUGGUGUCCUUGGCGAAUUUUUCGAACCCGCAGGCGUGGCUGGUCCUGGACAUCAGCGAGCGCCUGGCGAGGGCUGAGCUGACGCCGGAGAACCGGAGGCAGAUCGGGAUUGCGUUCCACUUCCUGCGCAGCAAGAACCCCCAGUUGGCGGCGGCUUGUGCCGGAGCCGGCGGUGCCUGUUUUGGGCCCAAGGCAAAAGCCCAGUGA